AUGCCUGCAGCAUCUCGGAGGAAACUGUUCAUCUCUUGGGAGCCCCCGUCCUCUGGGUUUGUUAAAGUCAACUUUGAUGGCAGUGUCAGGGAUGGCAGAGAUGGUUCAAGGUUUGUCAUUCGAGAUCUGGAUUCGCGGAUGCUGGUUGCAGGGGGUUCACCGCUUUAUGAGACGUCCUUGCCCUAUGCUGAGUCUCAUGCGGUAUGGGCUGGCGUCAUCUGUGCUAUCCGAAAGCUGCGGGUGUGGGGGAUCAUCAUUGAGGAAAAUUCUCUGACAGUCAUUAGCUGGAUUCAGGAGGGGACUAAGCACCACAACACCCAUCCACUGCUUGACGACAUCUGGAGGGCCACCAGCGAGUGCAUUGCAGUAUCUAGCCAGCAUGUAUUUCGGGAGGCCAACAGUGCGUUAGAUUGGGUGGCAUCCUUUGUUGUGGAGCACACUGAGGAGUGGAGAUGGCGUCAAGAUGACGACUAUCCAUGGGCCUGGAGGGAUAUUCUAUUUUCUGAUUUCUUGGGUUUCUCUUGGACUAGACUUGUCUGA